GUUUACUCGCCUGUCCGUCCGCUUUUUGCUUAUCGUUCCAGACUAAAGUAAUUGUUGACAAAAAACAUCUUUAAACGACUGAUUGCAAAUCAAGAAAUCCGAGAGGAAAAACAUCACGCCUCCUCACUUAAUUAAUCCUCCGCUCAAAAUUGUGGAUACUGUAGGUAGUUGGAGUCGCACAGAAUUGUGGGAAUUCUCAUCCUGCUUCUCUGCCAUGGCGACAAGAACGCUGAAGCUUUCCUUCGUUAAUAUUUUGAUGUCUGUUUUAAUGAAAGACUUUUAUUGUCAACAGUUUUUUAUUCCGUAUCAGAAGGUUGUCAGUUGUGAAUUACAGCAGUAUUUUGAUAUUUCUAGUCUUGUCUGUAAACCAUGUGGUGUUAAUCAGCAUAAGAGUGCUAGUGGAACCUCUUGUAUCUGCGAUCAAGGAUACAGGUUUAUUUCUAAUAAUGGUGGGCCUUCAGUUUUUUGCCAGGCAUGCCCGGCUGAUAUGGUAGUCACUGAAGAUGGGUGGGACUGCAUCAAGUGUCCAAGUGGAAAAUUAACCACUGAAAAAACAUGCAGAUGUGAUGAAGGAAGUAUCUUGGUGGAAAGAAAUGCCACUGGUGAUUUGCUGAAGACAGCAGAAUGCCUCAAGUGCAGUGUCCGUGAACCAUCAUUUACAGUUCCAAAUACUUCAGGAAAUAGGUGUGUUAGAUGCCAAGAAACCUUCAUCAAUGCAUCAGGCUCCUGUCAUUGUAAUAGCCAGUCAAGCACACAAGUAAGUAUUUUCAAGUUGCUUGGUGAAGCCAUAUAG